AUGAAACUGGUUCCAUUUGCACCAGUGCCGGUGGCUACCUGGUCACCGUUGCGCUCUAGGAUCUAUGCCAAUCCUUCUGGCCGGGCGUGGAGACCUCCGCUUUGGAGAUGCUCGCCAGUGGCCAUACGGGGAAUCUCCUCCAUUCAGUCGGGACAUAUUCGGCUAGGAGAAAACGAGGGAAUCCUUUAUAUCAACAACAUCUUCCCCCAUAGACUACAAUGGCUGCUACGGGGCCCUCUCAGCCAUAUCCAACCGUUGGAGGGAUUACUGAAACGGAUUGGGAAUCCUGCUCUGGCGGCGUCUGAUCCGCUACAUAUAGUCCAGCGAUCAUUGCCACAGAGCUUGGAUCUUGAAACCAAGGAAGUGAUCGCGCGGUACAAAGAAGGCGGGGCCUUUGUCAAAUACGCGCGCAAACCGGACGUCACGGACGAGGAAAUCAGAAGCGCGACGAAAGAUUACCUGGCAAAACACCCCAUCAAGCCCUGGUUCAACCCAUUCCAGAGAGCCGAUGCAGACCUGGUUCGCGGACGACCAUGGAUUGAAGACUUGUAUCGAAUUCCGAGCCAGACUCUGAAGGUGGAAUUCUUGCCGACUUCUCCAGAUGGAUCGGCCGUGGAAAUGACCCAAGAAGCGCUGUACUCUUUGUUCCGGCCUUAUGGGAAAUUGCUGGACAUCCAAAGACAGCCCUCAGACUCUAAAAUCGAACCAAGAUACGCGACUCUGCGAUUCAAUCGCCCGCGGUUUUCUGUGAUGGCCAGAAAUUGCAUGCAUGGCUUCAUUGCUGGCGAGGAGGAAGGAGGUGGAAAGGCUGGGACCAAAUUCAAGAUCAAUUACGAACGCAGGAUAAAACUAUCCAUGAUCAAGGACUGGGUCCUGAAUCAUCCGCGAAUUGUGAUUCCAGCUCUAGCAGCGCUGAUAGCGGCAAUUACGGUGAUUGUCUUCGACCCAAUCCGCACGUUUUUCAUCAAGAUCAAAAUCAAGUCAACUCUUCAGACGGAAGAGAACACAGUCUUGCAGUGGAUUCGCAGACAAGCCAGCAAGGCCAAUAUGAUUUAUUUUGGAGGGCGCAGGGCCGAUCCUCGUGGCCUGGCGGCCAUCUGGGAAGACCGACAGAAGGAUAUCAACCAGCUGCAAGCCUGGUUGACUGAGACUGCGGAAACAUUCAUUGUUCUGCAUGGGCCUCGCGGCUCAGGCAAGAGGGAGCUGGUAUUGGACCAGGCCCUGAAAAAUCACAAAUACAAAGUGGUUAUCGACUGCAAGCAAAUCCAAGAUGCUCGGGGUGACACGGCCAAAAUUUCUCGGGCCGCUGCUCAGGUCGGCUAUCGGCCGAUCUUCUCCUGGAUGAACAGCAUCAGCAGUUUCAUUGACCUGGCUGCACAAGGAAUGAUUGGCACUAAGGCUGGGUUCUCGGAGACCCUUGAUGCGCAGCUAAGCAAGAUCUGGCAAAACACAGCGAUUGCCAUGAAGCAAGUCUCAUUGGAAGGGAGACGGAAGGAGGACAAAGAUGCGAAUCUCACGGAUGACGAGUAUCUAGAGGCCCAUCCCGAGAAACGACCGGUGGUCGUCAUUGACAACUUCGUAUAUGAAGCCGAGGAAAAUGUCGUACUUGACAAGCUGACCGAAUGGGCGGCUGGCCUGACAACGGCAAAUGUUGCCCAUGUCAUCUUCUUGACGACGGAUUCCUCUUUCGCAAAACCACUGAGCAGGGCCCUUCCAAACCAGGUCUUUCGAACGAUCGGUUUGGGUGAUUGCUCACUUGACGUUGGCCGUCGUUUCGUUCUUAGGCACCUAGAGACCGAGGCAACAGACAACGAUAAUGACCCGAAACCAAAGCGCAAAGAGACACUUGCUGGCUUGGAUGACUGCAUUAAGGUCUUGGGUGGUAGGGUCACCGACCUCGAGUUCAUGGCGCACCGCAUUGAAGCUGGAGAAACCCCUUCAGCGGCCGUGGAUCGCAUUAUCGACCAGUCGGCUUCGGAGAUCCUGAAAAUCUUCAUCUUAGGAACCGAUUCGGUCACCCCUCAAUGGACGCGCGAACAGGCGUGGCAUUUGAUCAAAUCCUUAGCUCAAUCCAAGGACGGAUCUCUCCUGUACAACAAAGUUCUUCUCUCAGACCUGUUCAAGGACAACGGCGAGGCCACCCUGCGAGCCUUGGAGCAAGCCGAGUUGAUUUCUGUUGGUUCCACCAAGGGGUUCCCGCGAUGGAUUAAGCCGGGGAAGCCGGUCUAUCGCGCCGCGUUCCAACGGCUGACCGAGAACAAGACUUUGGAGAGCCGUCUUGAUCUGCUGAUUCUGACACAGCUGAUUAGCAACGAGAAUAAGAGCAUCGGCAAACACGAGGAGGAGUUGCGGCUGCUCGGUUCGCUGCCCAAGUAUCCCUGGGAGCUCACUUCGAGGAUUGAAUGGCUUCUGCGCAAAGUGCACAACUCGCAGUCCAAGAUCCUAAAGUAUGAGAGCGAGAGUGCUUCCUUACAGAAGAUCCUCCAGAGCGAGAGUUGA